UCACACCUCUCUUCUGGAGAAGAGCUUUCCCUCUCACGAGAGCAUCCACACGAACCGCAGAGCUUCCGUGCUUGGUGAAAGCCCUUUCCCCAGCCGCCUAUCUCACUCUCCGCGCCUCCUGUGCGUCCAUCGAGAUCGUCUCCAGUGAUCCGCCUCGACCGUCGGAUUAUGCGAUCUCCGUUCACCAGCUGCGUCGCUCGCGUGGCGAGGGGAGCAUCUCGCCGCAUCCACUCCAUCGAUCGGUUCGCACCUCCUUCGGCCUCGCCAAUUGUCUCGUCGCCCAUCUCUCCCGCAACCUACGUAACCCUCUCCACCCCCUUCACACCAUUACAGCCCUUCUUCUCCGCAAACCCCCUUCCGUUCUCCGUCAAACGCGCCGGCGAAUUUCUGCCGCCUGCAGCGGCCGCCGCCGCGUCUGCCUACCCUUCUCGAAUCUCCUCCAUUCGAGCCAUGGAGGUCGUCAGCGCCCCCCACGCCGACCCUCUCUCGUCGUCGCCGGCGUUCGCCAACCGCGCGUGCGACGCGUCCGUGCUGUCGUCAGCCGCGGGCAAGGCCGCGGCCGUCGCAUUGGACAAGGCGUUCUUCCACUCCUCCACCGCUAAGAAGGCGCUCGCUCCCGCGUCGGCCCCAAAAACCGCUCCGGCUACUGCUGCCGGGUCCAGCGGCGGCGGCGAGGGUUCUGGCGGAGUGAAAUCCGCGGAGAAGCGGCACCGCGCGCGCGUGUACACGCGCACGGGGGACAAGGGCACGUCGUCGCUGUACACGGGCGAGCGGCGGCGCAAGGACGACCACGUGUUCGGCGCGCUGGGUGAUGUGGACGAGCUGAACAGUGCGCUGGCCGUGGCGGCGGAGUACUGCCGCGUGCAGGGCCUCAAGGAGCUGUGCGAGCAGAUCGCGACCAUCCAGUCGCGUCUGCUGGACGUGGGGUCGGUCGUCGCCACGCCGCCGUCGUCCGCGUCCGCGGCGAAGCUGCAGCGCGUGCGGUUCGAUCCGACGGCGGUGGACACGCUGGAGCUGUGGAUCGACUCGCUGGACGAGAAGCUGCCGCCGCUCACCGCUUUCAUCCUCCCCUCAGGUGGCAUGGCAGCGGCGCAUCUGCACUUGGCGAGGUCCAUCUGCAGGCGCGCAGAGAGGGCCGUCAUUGCUGUGGCCGCAGAGGAUGAGGAGAUGCAGCAGCAGCAGCAGCAGCAGAAAGCACAGGAGGGUGCAACUGAUGGCACCGAUGCUGCAAGCUCGGACUCAGAGGUCGCUGUGCCCCGCAUUGAUCCUUUUGUGAUGCGCUUCAUCAACCGCCUCAGCGACUUCCUCUUCACUGCCGCCCGAUUCGCCGCCCAGCACGCAUGCAGGACAGAGACAGUUUACAAGAAGGCAGCUGUGCAGGCCUAAGAAUAUGGUAGGUGCAGAGUGGCUACAUGCUAACAGGGUUCAUGUCAUGACCUUCCUCAUCACUGAUGCAACGAGGCUCCCUUCCCUUGUCCGGGAACAGCUGGCAGUCAGUCGGCCCUCCGGUGGGUGGUGUAUUUUGUGAAAGUGGUACCCUCAUCAGAUCGGCAAUGUAGGAAGUGUGCACGGAACAUGUGCAGAUAUUCCAAAUUCAUAAUGUUGUGUGUUUUUUAUGGAAGGCCUGGCCGACCCUUAGUUUGCUACACGAAA